AUGGCGACUGAGUCCUCGUCUCCUCCCAAUCCCCCCGCCGCCGGUGGAACUCCUCAGAAUUCAGCUACGGAAGCUGUGCAACCAGCAAAUGAAGUUAAGCAAGAUGCUGCUCCACAAAACCCCAAGUCUGUCUUUGUGAAUUCAGAACCAAUACGAGAAGACCAAGUACAAAAUGCUGUGAAAUUUCUUUCUCACCCAAAAGUUAGGGAUUCUCCAGUGUUCCACAGGAGAAAUUUUCUUGAGAAGAAGGGGCUAACUAAAGAAGAGAUAGAUGAAGCUUUUCGACGUGUGCCAGAUCCAUCCCCAAGUGCUCAGCCAACUGUUACCAACCAGGUGGGACAGGGAGUAACAACAUCAACCAUUCAGCCAACAGCUGUUUCCCAAACCCCGGUGCCAAUAAUAACUGUUCCUAGCAGUGCGAGUCCCUCUAUGUUCGCCUUGGCUCGGUCUCGAUUUCACUGGUACCAUGCUGUUUUUGCUGUUGGAUUGCUGGCAGUCUCUGGUGCUGGAACGGCUAUUUGGGUUAAGAAGUCCAUGAUUCCCCGACUAAAAUCUUGGAUACGGUGGGUUGUUAUGGAAGAGAAAAAUGGUGACGGAGGCAUAACAAAUAUAAAACCCACUUUGGCAGAAGAAGCUGCAGCAGCGGCAAAAGCGGCCGCAGCAGCUGCGUCUGAUGUGGCAAAAGCAAGCCAGGAAAUGAUGAUCUCAAGAUAUGAAGAGAAAGUAAGCAUGGAGAAGUUCAUGGAUUUGAUGCAAAUGCAAGUGAAGGAAAUUAGGUCAAUGGGCAGUGCCAUAAAACACCUGGAAGGAAGAAGUGAUAACAUUGAAAGAACUCAUCUGGCCGAGCAUGGAGGAUACAGUGGUUCAAUUACAAACCUUAAGCCAACAUAUCCAAAGGGAAACAAACCAGAGAUUGAUUCGCGCUCAGCAAGAUCCUCCUCACCACCAACUUCUGCAGAUAAAUCUGCCCCACCUCAUCCCAAUUCAUACAUGGAUAUAAUGGCAAUGGUUCAAAGGGGAGAGAGACCUCCAAACAUCAGAGAUAUAAAUGAUCAACCUCCCAACCCUAACCAGCAAAUUUCAAAUCCUCGCUUGGCUCCCAGGUCUAAGCCUUGGGAGGGUGCUUAUCAAGCCAAAACUAGCUCAAGAGGAGGAUUUGGUUCUGCACUGAACGGGGAAGGGGGUUCAGAUAUCGGUGCACAGAACAACGAAGCAAGCAAUCAGGUGGAUGCACAGAGCACCGUGCCUUGGUGGCAGAAGAAGAACUCGAGAAUCACUGAGACCGAAUAUGUUGAAGCCAAGCCAGGGUUCACCACUGUUGCACAGACGAACGAGCAGCCACCAAUUCAGCGGACGUGGGUGCCUCCCCAGCCUCCACCAGUUGCAAUGCCUGAAGCAGCAGAAGCCAUUCGGCGGCCAAAAUCCAAGAAAGAGGCAGAGCCUGUUUCUCAAGAAACGAGCGGAGAAGGAUUUUCUGCUGCUGAGGUCACUGAUGAGUUGCAGAGGAUAACCAAGAUAUCCGAGUCCGGAGGGGAAGUAGAGGAGAUGCACAGUGGAGGACAGGAAACGAAUGGAGGAUCGUUAGGAGGAUUGAAGUUGAGUGAGAUUGAGGAAGAACCCGUACAGAGCUAUUAA